AUGUCCAUUUGCCCUGGAAUCUGCGGUGAGCUAGCCGUGGCUCCUUAUCGUUUGUUUUUAGGUACCCUCCCCGAGCUAAGCGUGGAAAAACGCUUUUUGCGUCAGUUUCACGCCGUCUUUCCCUGGUACGCUCUGCGAAAACGUGUUAGGGAGCAAAGCAAUGAGUUCAUAGAAAUUGAUUUGGCAGCCUGCGAUCCGGAGUUAAUCUUACGCUAUGCUCACGUGUACUACUCACGUCGACAGGUACAGGAUGAACUUAUUGAAAAGCAAAUGACUACGCUCGAGACGGGCAGGCCAAUAAAUUUAGCUGAUGCCUCCUUACUUGAGUGUCUGACUGGCUGUGAUGCGCUGAUAUCACGGCGCCUUGAAUAUGAGCUUCAUCAAAUGCAGAAAGCUAAACGAGCAUGCAAUGUGCCGCAUCGUCGAGAACUAAAUCCGGAAGACAUCCUUGAGCCGCAUGACUACCUCUGCAUGAUGCGGGUGGUCGAGGAAGACAUGUGCGGCGUGAAGGAUGCCGAAAUGAAGGCGCGUGCUUAUCUGCCUCGCGGCCUAGUCGAAUGCAAAGCACAUGAGUUCAUAGGCACGCUUCUUGGGGAUAUGGUUCCUCAAAAAGAAGGUGGAUGUAGCUUAGAUAAAAAGGACCAAAAACUAUUGCAGCGCCUCAUCCCCAUCGACUAUGCAAAAGUCGGCUGUGUUCAAAAGCUUCGGCCGGUAGACGUUACAACGUACUAUCGUUUUGUUGGAGAGAGACUGAACCGAUUCGAUCCGAUAAAGCAGUACUUCAAGCGUUGUCUGUACGGACAUGUGUGUCGCAAAAUGGCCACCCACCCUGGCUAUCUGCGCAGUAUUUCCAUGUACUGGGCCCGGCACUCCGGGUUAGACCCCGUCUCUACGCUCACGACCAUGUCUCUUGAGCUGGCGGAGGCCGUGUGCGUGCAGCAGUCGCUUUUCCCGGCGCUGAAAUUUCACUCACAGUUCCUCUACGCCUCUCCGGAUUUGAUGCGGCAGACGUGGCGCACGGGCAGGGUUAUCCCCCUCAUGCGGUUGUAUCCACUGCUCGGUGCCGCCGCGGCGGAGGAUCUCGCCGCCGGGAUGGUGGUCGAGGCUGAGUGGGCGCGGCUUUCGCUGUCGUCGCAGUCCGCACCCUUUCAGGAGAGUGUGCUGUACACUAUGAGGGAGGCAAUCGAGCAGGCAAGUGACUGGUACAUAAGCAAUCUCGGUGCCUUAUUGGAUCGCGUACAGGAAGGUGUGAAGGUGAUUUGUCCGCCACUUUCCGAGAAGGAGAAGGAGCUACUUCAGACCGAUGAGUAUGAGCUAAGUGUUCCAGCUACCCCGUCACCACCCAUGAAACCUACGGUGUAA